AUGAUUCCCAUUCUGAUUGAAUGGGAAUGGCUUGCCCACCGGGCACAGCCAGCGGACAUGCAUGUGGUGCUGCGGGAGAUGAUUGGUCGGUACGAGCGAACUCGACCAUACUUGUCCUCGAAGAUCGCCUUUGUGAUUCACAUCGCUCACACUAACGACUGGCGAAUCCCUGUCGCUCGGCGGCCUCGCAGCUGGAAGAACUUCUCCGAGCCCCCUCGUCUCGAUGAGUUCUCCCUCUACGAUGAGGAAGACGUUCCAAUUUCCAAACGGGAAAGGAUGGAGUCAAGAAAACGUCGCCCUAACAAGCGAUUGCGACUCAACCUGCAGCGAUCUGCCCACGAGCUGCAGAUGUAA